AUAAAAAGAAACUUGAAAGAAUACUAAAGUUUAUGUUGAACAGGGAAAGACCUAAAACCAUCGUGCAUUAAUUCAUGGCAGACAUUCAUGAGGUGUAUUUGACAACAUUGAACUUUGUGCUAUGAUCUGAAUGCUUACUAGGUAUACGGAGUAGCUGAAGCUGUAGUCACGGAAAAAAUCAGUGGCAUUGAGCAUAGAGUGUUAAAGGCCGGUCGACAACGGCUCGUGAUUAAAUAUUCAGUGUCUCUAAUACUCGAUAUGACAAGACAAGAUUUUAGUGCUUUAAAAUAACCAAAGGACAUCAUGUUACCGCGGCGAUCGGUUCUUAUUCAACUAUAGGAGCUAUAUGAGGAUCAUUAUCUCUACAUGCAAAUACUCUUAUGUGGCUGAAACAAAAACCAAAUCUCGUAACUGCCACAAACAAAACAAUUGGUCUCAGUUUUGAUAUCCAAAGGGAGUAUAAUAUUGGUCAAUGGUAUAAUAAAAAGGUCACGAGAAGACGCCUAUCAAAAAAGUAAAUGAUAUUCGAUAACCUGUCCUCUUAUAUGAAUUGCGUAUGCCGAUGAGGCAGGGUUAAUGGAAAAUAUCAGUGUUGUUAAAUAUUGAACUUAAGCGUGUUCAAACACAAUGCAUAUGUUAACUAGAUCAUAUAAUUCGACGAAGGAAUCAAAGAUGCUGUUCUGGCCUUCUGGCGGUAUAAUUUGUAAACAAUGGAAAAUUAAACAUUAACAAACAAAUAUUGUGUAAAAAUGAAUGUGUCCCUCCAAAAUAAGUGUCGUACAUGUAUGUGUGACAAAAAUACCAAAGAUUCAGAAGACUCCACAAAUAAAAUUGGUCAUAUUUUUCCCUUGCACACAAUAUUCGAUGGCUUAAGUAUUUUGGAUAUGUUAAAGGCUUCUAUACCAAAACUUAAUCUACAACAACAACAUGAUAGUUUUCCAAAAAUUAUCUGCUUUGAAUGUGUCAAAGAAGUGAAGAAUAUAUAUCAGUUUCAAGAAAAAUGCUUAAGAACUGAACAGCGAAUCAAUGAGUUGUUGAGGGCACCUAGCGAAUAUGAUGAAGAUACUAGAACAAAUGACAGUUUUCGGGCUAAAACAACUUUGAAAGCAAAGGUAAAGGAGGAUGUGUUUGUGAAUGAAGAGUCAUUGCAGUCGGAUCAAUUCAUAAAUGAAGAAAAUGGAAGUGAUGAUGACCUCUUAGAUACUAAUGACGAGAUUGAUGAAGAUGAUGACAUAAUUGAAAGCUGUUAUAGUGACGAUCAAAGCAUUGAUUUCUUUUUGGAUGAAGACAGUGAUAUGGAUGAUGAGUAUACCUGCCUUCCCGGAAAAACAAAUUUAGCGGUAGUAAUGCCUUCAAAUCAAACAACACAUAACAAAAACAAGUGUGAAAAACUUUAUCCAUGCACCAAAUGCAAGAGCAAAUUGAAAUCUCAGCUAUCAUUAAAAAAGCAUAUGGAAACGCAUCAUAAGGGAAAUGAGGAAGAUUUCAAGCAUGUCUGCACUUUUUGCAAUAGAGGAUUUCCCCAUGCCUAUAUGUUAAAGGAACAUCUGAGGACCCACAGUGGAGAGAAACCUUUUCUUUGUUCAGAGUGUGGUAAAGGAUUUACAACAGCCAGCAGUCUAAAGCAACAUUCAUUCCGACAUACAAGUGAAUGGAUGUUCUCUUGUCCAGAUUGUCCCAAAAAGUUUCCUACCCGCACCGACUUAACAUCACAUUAUGAUGUACAUAGAGCUAGACCAAAGCGUCAUAUAUGUGAUGUUUGUGGACGGGGAUUUCCAAAGCCCUUUUUACUGAAAAAACACAAAAUGUAUCAUACAGAUGAGAAAAAAUUUUGCUGUGAAUUUUGCGCCAAACGGUUCUUUACAAACGAAAAAUUGCAACGGCACACACGGAUACAUACUGGUGAAAAGCCUUAUAAAUGUAAAUAUUGCGAAAAGGCCUAUUGCCAGUCAAAUGAAUUAACCAAACAUGUUCGUUGCCAUCUGGGCGAGAAUGUGUAUCAAUGUCAAUUGUGUCCUCAGAGGUUUGCUACCGCCAAAUUGGUUAAAGAACAUUUUUCUGUUCAUAAAAAUGAUGACGAGGAAACAAGAGCUAAGCUCUUGGCCGCUUUUCAUGCAACCGAAAUAAAGGGAAUAUUUUACUACCAGUGCAAAGCUGUACUGGAGGAAUAUCUGGUUGUGAUUUUAUCGGUCCGAAUCAUGGACAAAUACAUGGACUAUAUAAAAUACGGCGACAUUCUUAUAUCGCCAUCUUUACAUUUUAAAGAGGACUACAUACUUCGAUGCUGUGAAUGCAAUAACUACUAUACCAUUUUUGAACAACUUCUUACACACUUGACAACACAUCAUAACAAUGACCUGGUCCAGGAGAAUAUAGAUACGGACGUCAAGGCCCAUGGGUCGCAAGAAGGCGACAUGGUUUUCAGCGAAAAUGACCCCCUAAUAAUGCAGACUAGCUAUUUAAAUGUGUUUAAGUUUGAAAUGGAAGACCCUUCAUCACAAGCACAUGAAAGGGAAAAAUUCAUCGAAAAGGAGAAUUGUGUAGACAGCGAUAAUGAUGGUUACGAGAGUAGUGUCAACAGAGAACAUAAGUAUAAUAUCGAAGAAUAUGAUACAGGGGAAUCGUUAGAUGAUAGCAACCGAGUUGAAGAGAAUGACAAAGACAAAUUAUUUUCCUGUAACGAAUGUGGUAGUAAACUGAAAACCCGUAAAGGCCUUAGAAGACAUACAAAACUUCAUCUGCGAGAUAUUCAGGAGUUUAAAUGUCAUUAUUGCGGAACAGCGUUUAAAACUUUAGGUGCAAUGAAUAAUCACUUGAAAAAACAUGGGGAAAACGAAACCGCGGAAACCAGUGCCAGUGACAAUGACAAUGACAUUGAUGAUUGGCCACCUCAUAACAUAACAAGAGAUUGUAGAACUGAAAAUGCUGCAGAGGGUGUGGAGAAAUGUGAAGAAUAUAAAUCAAUUAUUUCCCAAGCUAUGGAUGAUCACGAAGAAAAACCACAUGUUUGCACUCAAUGCGGUAGUCGUUUAAAAACGAGAAAAAGUCUAAAGCGUCAUUUACGUAUUCACUUACGGCAACCCAUUGAAAAUAACCCCGAAACAAAAAUUACAACAAAAUAUGAAUGUGAAUUUUGCAAGAAACUAUUCCAACAAUCCAGUUCUCUGAAAGACCACUUAAGAACACAUACCGGAGAGCAACCUUAUCUUUGCUCGGAAUGUGGAAAAGCUUUUAAGAGUCUUAGUAACAUGAAACAGCAUUUACUUAGACAUGGCACUGAUCGUCCAUAUGAAUGUCCUGAUUGCCCUAAAAAAUUUCCAUGCCUUAGCGAUUUGGCCUCCCAUAAGGCAGUACAUACAAAAAAUAAAUCACAUGUAUGUGAUAUCUGUGGAAGUGGCUUUGUAAAACCAUAUUUACUGAAAAAGCAUAAAAUGUAUCAUAAUGGGGAAAAGAAUCAUAAGUGUGACUACUGUGACAUGAGGUUUGUUCUUGCUGAUCACUGCAGAAGACAUAUGCGAACACACACAGGAGAAAAACCUUAUAAAUGUAAAUAUUGCGAUAGAGGGUUUGCACAGAGUAAUGAUUUAAUUAAACAUCUAAGGGGUCAUUUGGGGGAUAAUGUGUACAGAUGUAAUUUGUGUCCUCAGGGAUUCAGAUUGCAAGGCGACUUAAGAACCCAUUUCAAUACACACAAAAAUGAUAAUGAGGAAACUAAAUUAAAAAACUUGCAAGCUCUCAAAGAGGAUGAAUUACGAAUACAAAUGAAAUUUGGACUAGUAAAACAGCAACAAAUAAAGAAGUAGCUUGUGGGAAUGUGUGAAAAUAA